ACCGCGCCGAUACCGGAGCAGUCAAUCCGCGCACGAGCUGGAGAUUCUCCUCCUUUCCGUCCACAGCAAGUCGGUAUCUCAGACCCCGGAGCGCGUGCUCUCAGGACCCGGAGGCGCGCAUCUCCACGGUGGUAAAGUGCUACUACAAGGGUCCACGUCAACUGCUGUGUCACACCGGUUUAGGAAAGCGAGAAAGAACAGAGUGAGAAACAAAGUAAAAAAAGGAACAGAAGACCCGAGUGGAGAGGGGAAGAGACAGAGAAAGAUGUGACAGCUGGUGUCUUCCAGCAGAACCGCAGCUACGAUGGACAGCUGAAUGCACUGGCUAAAUUUCACUCACAUCAGCCACAAUGGUCCUAGUUCUGCUUUUGGUAACACAGAUACCUUCCAGUCAGGCCACUGGAAACAAAACAGAUGACAACCAAGGGUACAGCAACACUCAUAUCCUGCCCACACUGCUCGUACUCUCACUGCUAGUGCUAAUUCUGGCUUUGGUAACGUGCUACUGCCUCAGGCUCAAAAACCGCCAAAAAGCCGACAUCACUGUAGUCGACAAGAAGAUACCAAAUGGCAUUCUGGAAGAACAAGAGGCACAGACGGUGGUUUUGUUGCAGAGAUCACCCUCUACAUCCAAAACCUAUUUACCCAUUCCUGUAGAUAACUUGGAGGAAGAGUACCGCAUCCGGUCUGCCGAUGAUGGGAAACUCUUCCGAGAAGAAUACAACUCAUUACCAGGCGGAAACCCACAAGGCACAUACGAGGAGGCAAACAGAGAUGAAAACAAAGAGAAAAACAGAUAUCCCAAUAUUCUCCCAUAUGAUCAUUCCAGAGUGGAGCUGACGCAGAUAGAUGGCAUUUCUCACUCAGAUUAUGUAAAUGCCUCUUAUAUAGAUGGCUACAAAGAUAAAAAUAAAUUCAUCGCAGCACAAGGACCAAAACAAGAGACUGUUGCUGAUUUUUGGAGAAUGAUAUGGGAGCAGAAAUCAGCUACAAUUGUGAUGCUGACCAACUUAAAAGAGAGGAAAGAGGACAAGUGUUACCAGUACUGGCCUGACAAGGGGUGCUGGACAUAUGGGAAUGUGCGUGUUGUUGUGGAGGACAUCACCGUGUUAGUCGACUACACGAUACGCAAAUUCUGCGUGCAGUAUCAAGCUAGCGAUGGCUCUAAAACCCCUCGUCUGGUCACACAGCUGCACUUCACCAGCUGGCCAGACUUUGGCGUUCCCUUCUCUCCCAUCGGCAUGCUCAAGUUCCUCAAGAAAGUCAAGCAGGUGAACCCGUCAUAUGCAGGUCCCAUUGUGGUGCACUGCAGUGCGGGGGUUGGAAGGACAGGUACUUUCAUCGUGAUAGACGCAAUGAUUGACACAAUGUAUGAGGAACAAAAGGUUGACGUGUUUGGCUUCGUGUCAAGAAUACGAGACCAGCGAUCACAACUUGUACAGACAGAUAUGCAGUACUCGUUCAUCUACCAGGCCCUGUUGGAGUAUUUCCUAUAUGGGGACACUGAGCUGGACGUGUCCUCUUUAGAGGGACAUCUGCACAAAUUACACAACACCUGUGCGCCACAAGACCGUCUGGGGCUCGAGGAAGAGUUUAAGAAGCUGACCAACAUGCGGAUUAUGAAGGAAAACAUGAGGACAGGAAAUCUACCGGCAAAUAUGAAGAAGAACCGAGUGCUCCAGAUUAUUCCUUAUGAUUUUAACAGAGUGAUCCUGUCCAUGAGAAGAGGGCAGGAAUUUACUGACUACAUUAAUGCGUCUUUCAUUGAUGGCUACAGGCAAAAAGACUACUUCAUAGCAACGCAAGGUCCUUUACCCCAUACGGUGGAUGAUUUCUGGAGGAUGGUCUGGGAAUGGAAAUGCCAUUCCAUAGUCAUGCUGACAGAACUUCAAGAAAGAGAACAGGAUAAGUGUUGCCAGUACUGGCCCACAGAAGACUCAGUGAAAUAUGGAGACUACACAGUAGAAAUCAAAGCUGAUACUCAGUGUGAUGACACAUUUAGUCUCAGAGACCUGGUACUCACAUAUGAACCGGAGAAGGAGACACGAUUGGUCCGCCACUUCCACUUUCACGGCUGGCCGGAGAUUGGAAUUCCAGCGGAGGGGAAGGGAAUGAUAGACAUCAUCGCUGCGGUGCAGAAACAACAACAGCAAUCAGGCAACCACCCCAUCGUUGUGCACUGCAGUGCUGGAGCGGGUCGGACCGGUACGUUUAUUGCCCUCAGUAAUAUUCUGGAGCGUGUGAAGGCAGAGGGCCUGCUGGACGUCUUUCAGACUGUGAAGAGUUUGCGAAUGCAGCGGCCACACAUGGUGCAGACCGUGGAACAAUAUGACUUCUGCUACAGAGUGGUACAGGACUUUGUCGACAUUUUCUCAGACUAUGCCAAUUUCAAAUGAUCAAAUUUGCCUUAUAUGUUUCUGUUCAGUGUUUUUUAUACCCGUCCUUCAGGAAUUUACACCCAUAACUGGAUAAAAAAUUUGCUUCUAUUUUGCUAUGCACUCGUCCUCUUUAAAAAAAUCAUAUCUUUCUGUAAUAUAAUGUCGCAUACUAAAGCUACACAGUGGUUUGUAACUGUAGGUAUGUUCUGUGUCUUUCACAUCUUCGUCAUAUCAUUCCAUCAAAGUGUUUUAAACACAGUUUUGAUUCAUUUAAUCCUGGGUCUUAUUGACUUUAACAAGUUUCAAUUUUUUUUUAACCUGUGUAAAAUUUGUAAAAGCUGUAGGUAUUGUAAAUGUAUUUAUGUGUUAUUGCUUACAGUCUAUUCUUACAUAUUUUCAAUUGUUUAUGUUCAUGUUUGAACUUUUAUUUAUUCAGAUGUCAAACAUUAAGACGACUGACAUCAGUUUUUUUUUUUUUUUUUUAUCUAACAAAUGCAACCAUAUGUUUCAACGAAUACCUUCAAAACUCAACAAGUCUAUCUUGUGUGGGGGGGGAGAAAGACAGAUUUUGUAUCAGAAUUUGUAUCGGAGUGAUUUGACACUCGGUGAGACAGGGACCAGCCUAUUUUCUUUUUAUUUGAACCCGGAAAGCAGCAGCAGCAGCAGCAUUUCAACAGAACUGAUUGUUUUGUAACCAGUACAGCUGAUUGUUCUGACCUGUCCGAAGCCUGAAAAAGCUGCAUGGGCUUUCAAAGCACACUGAUUCAUGAUCAUUGCACAAUGCCAAGGAUAUACAAAUGAAAUGGGUUAUUAAAGAAUGAUAUAUACAA